UGCCGGGCGCGCCCUGGGGGGAGCUGCGUCCGGCAGAGCUGCUGGGUGGUUGCUUUUCCCGGGCUCUCACCUCCGGUAUCCGGGCCUACCCCCGCAACCCCUACUUCCCUUGCCCUCGCUGCUCUCUCCGUAGAGGCGACUCUGGGGAAGGGCCAGCAAUCCCGCCUUCCCCGGCCCCAGUAGUGAUCCACUCCCCACCCCACCUCUGUCGCUUUUCGAGGCCCCAUCUCCCGCGCCUUUAGGCGCCCAGAACGCCCCAGCCAUGGGUAUCCGAGGCAUGCUGCGAGCCGCAGUGAUCCUGCUGCUCAUCAGGACCUGGCUCGCGGAGGGCAACUACCCCAGUCCCAUCCCGAAAUUCCACUUCGAGUUCUCCUCCGCUGUGCCCGAAGUCGUCCUGAACCUCUUCAACUGCAAAAAUUGUGCAAAUGAAGCUGUGGUUCAAAAGAUUUUGGACAGGGUGCUGUCGAGAUACGAUGUCCGCCUGAGACCGAAUUUUGGAGGUGCCCCCGUGCCUGUGAGAAUAUCUAUUUAUGUCACCAGCAUUGAACAGAUCUCAGAAAUGAAUAUGGACUACACGAUCACGAUGUUUUUUCAUCAGACUUGGAAAGAUUCACGCUUAGCAUACUAUGAGACCACCCUGAACUUGACCCUGGACUAUCGGAUGCAUGAGAAGUUGUGGGUCCCUGACUGCUACUUUCUGAAUAGCAAGGAUGCUUUCGUGCAUGAUGUGACUGUGGAAAAUCACGUGUUUCAGCUUCACCCAGAUGGAACGGUGCGGUAUGGCAUCCGACUCACCACUACAGCAGCCUGUUCCCUGGAUCUGCAUAAAUUCCCUAUGGACAAGCAGGCCUGCAACCUGGUGGUGGAGAGCUAUGGUUACACAGUUGAAGACGUCAUAUUAUUCUGGGAUGACAAUGGGAACGCCAUCCACAUGACUGAGGAGCUGCAUAUCCCUCAGUUCACUUUCCUGGGGAGGACGAUUACUAGCAAGGAGGUGUAUUUCUACACAGGUUCCUACAUACGCCUGAUACUGAAGUUCCAGGUUCAGAGGGAAGUUAACAGCUACCUUGUGCAAGUCUACUGGCCUACUGUCCUCACCACUAUUACCUCUUGGAUAUCAUUCUGGAUGAACUAUGAUUCCUCUGCAGCCAGGGUGACAAUGGGCCUAACUUCAAUGCUCAUCCUGACCACCAUCGACUCACAUCUGCGGGAUAAGCUCCCCAACAUUUCCUGUAUCAAGGCCAUUGAUAUCUAUAUCCUCGUGUGCUUGUUCUUUGUGUUCCUGUCCUUGCUGGAGUAUGUCUACAUCAACUAUCUUUUCUACAGUCGAGGACCUCGGCGCCAGCCUAGGCGACGCAGGAGACCCCGAAGAGUCAUUGCCCGCUACCGCUACCAGCAAGUGGUGGUGGGAAAUGUGCAGGAUGGCCUGAUUAACGUGGAAGACGGAGUCAGCUCUCUCCCCAUCACCCCAGCGCAGGCCCCCCUGGCAAGCCCGGAAAGCCUCGGUUCUUUGACGUCCACCUCCGAGCAGGCCCAGCUGGCCACCUCGGAAAGCCUCAGCCCACUCACUUCUCUCUCAGGCCAGGCCCCCCUGGCCACUGGAGAAAGCCUGAGUGAUCUCCCCUCCACCUCAGAGCAGGCCCGGCACAGCUAUGGUGUUCGCUUUAAUGGUUUCCAGGCUGAUGACAGUAUUAUUCCUACCGAAAUCCGCAACCGUGCCGAAGCCCAUGGCCGUGGUGUUACCCAUGACCAUGAAGAUUCCAAUGAGAGCUUGAGCUCAGAUGAGCACCAUGGUCAUGGCCCCAGUGGGAAGCCCAUGCUUCACGAUGGCAAGAAGGGUGUGCAAGAAGCAGGCUGGGACCUUGAUGACAACAGUGUCAAGAGUGGCUGCCUUGCCGCUGAGGAGCAACUCAAGUGUGUUACUAACAGUACCUGGGGCCUUAAUGAGGAUGAGCUCAUGGCCCAUGGCCAUGAGAAGGACAAUAGCUCAGAGUCUGAGGAUAGUUGCCCCCCAAGCCCUGGGUGCUCCUUCACUGAAGGGUUCUCCUUUGAUCUCUUUAACCCUGACUACGUCCCUAAGGUUGACAAGUGGUCCCGGUUCCUCUUCCCUCUGGCCUUUGGGUUAUUCAACAUUGUUUACUGGGUAUACCAUAUGUAUUAGUCCCCCAGUGCUCCAGAAGGGCAGGAGCACUGUGCUGUGCUCAUUUCACAGUUUCUUUUGGGUUUUUCCCUCUUUCCUU